AUGGAAUUGCAGGAACUUGAGUGUUGUUUGCAGCUGCUGAUUGGGGUCCGCUUAGGUACAGCUGCGGACGGCUGGAAUUGGAAUGCGGAGGCGGGUAGUAAUUUCUCUAUUGCUGCGGAUAGACUCCCGACUAAGAAAGCGCUAAGAAGGAGGAACAUUCAUUUGGUGAACGCCAUUUGUGUGUUAUGCGAGGACGGGAAAGAGUCGAUUGAUCAUCUAUUAAUAGCAUGUGGUUUCGCUUCCGGAGUUUGGCAAUAUAUUUCGAAGUGGUGUGGUGUUCCUUUGGUAUAUGCGUUCCCGGUAAAGGAUUUGGUUGAGAGGCAUACAUAUAUAAAUGGAUCGGCGGUAAUGAAGAAGGUUUUUCAAGGAAUUGUUAUUAUAACGGCUUGGAGUAUUUGGAAGGAAACGAAACGAAAGGCAAUUCUCGAACAAAAAGAAGACGGUGGUUCAAGUGGCAGCGGAGAUUAA